GGGGAAUGUGCGGCUGAGGCCGCCAUUUUGACUGGAGCCUAACAAUAGGGGCGACAUCGCUCGGUCGGAGUCUCAGAGUUUCUGAGCUGGAAAAGGAAGCUUUUAAGGGACAGACUUUUGGAAAUCUCUUCUUUUGAGCUACCCUCAGCAACUGCCACAGUGCUCCAUCUAAUGUGCUACAAGGAUGAGCCCAGCAUUUGGAGCCAUGGAAGUGGAGCAUUAUGCAAGUGGGGUCCUGCUCGAACCUUUUGUCCAUCAGGUUGGGGGUCACUCCUGUGUCCUCCGGUUUAAUGAAAAAACCAUCUGUAAGCCCCUCAUCCAGAGGGAACACCAGUUCUAUGAGACUCUCCCAGGAGAAAUGCGUAAAUUUACUCCCCAGUAUAAAGGUGUGGUAUCAGUAAGCUUUGAAGAGGAUGAAGUUGGAAAUUUGUGUUUAAUAGCAUAUCCGUUAAAAGGGGACCAUGGUAAAUUGGACAGUAUAGAUAAUUCAGACUGCGAACCCAAAAAUAAGCUAUUGAGGUGGACUAACAAAAAGACUCUCUUAUUAGAAAAUGAAAAGAUCACCAAGGAAUGGGUCCGACAACACAGAAAAGAGGAAAAAAUGAAAAGUCAUAAAUUAGAAGAAUUUGAGUGGCUAAAGAAAUCUGAAGUUUUAUACUACGGCGUAGAAAAAAAGGGAACUAUAAGUUCACAGUUUAAACAUCACAAUCCUUGGAGUAUGCAGUGUCACCAGCAGCAGUUACAGCGAAUGAAGGAAAAUGCAAAGCAUCGAAACCAAUAUAAAUUUAUCUUACUGGAAAAUUUAACCUCCCGAUAUGAGGUGCCCUGUGUCCUGGACCUAAAGAUGGGGACCCGGCAACACGGAGAUGAUGCCUCUGAGGAAAAAAAAGCAAAUCAGAUACGGAAGUGUCAGCAGAGCACUUCUGCAGUUAUUGGGGUCCGAGUUUGUGGCAUGCAGGUGUACCAGACGGGCAGUGGCCAGCUAAUGUUCAUGAACAAGUACCAUGGGAGAAAACUUUCAGUUCAAGGUUUUAAAGAAGCACUUUAUCAGUUCUUUCAUAAUGGCAAGCAUCUUCGUCGAGAACUCUUUGAACCUGUCAUUAAAAAAUUGACUGAAUUAAAGUCAGUGUUAGAAACCCAGGAAUCCUACCGCUUCUAUUCAAGCUCUCUUCUCAUCAUUUAUGAUGGCAAAGAAUUGCAGGAGGUUGCUGUGGAUUCAGAUCUUGAGGACCUGUCAGAAGAGUCAUCAGAUGAAUCAGCGGGUGCAUUUGCCUACAAGUCUCGGGCUAGCACCGUGGACAUUCGUAUGAUAGACUUUGCUCAUACGACUUGCAAAUACUAUGGGGAAGAUAGCGUUGUACACGAGGGUCAGGAUACAGGUUACAUUUUUGGGCUCCAGAGCUUAAUAGAUAUUAUUACAGAAAUAAGUGAUGAGAAUGGGGAAUAAGCGGUUAAAUGCGCACCUGUUUAUAAAAGCACUAUUGUGACUUUGUAAUACAAAAUUAUUAGCCACUUUAUGGUGGUAAAACUCUGGAACAGUUCAAGGAGACUGGUUCAGAAGAGGCAUUUACCUACAGGGUGCUGGAGCUAGCACUAGCAAAUCUGAGGCUUUAUUUAUUUUAAGUAUUUCUUAAAACAUUCCAUAUUUGUUGAUACAGAUACCUCUUUCUCGUUGUGUGUUUAUGUUCUAAUAAAAUCUUUUUGUUCAUUAUAAACAAUACAGUGAUGGUUCCUGGUAUGGACUAUUAGUA